AUGGCACCCGUUCUCGAUAUGAACAUGCGAUGGCAAGACCAGAAGGUGAUUAAGGUGGACGGGAAGUGGACGAUUAAUGGCCGCCCUGUUAAUAAGGUCGAACCCAUCUAUCAACAUCAGCCUUCCAACAUUCCUGGGAUGACAUAUAUUGGGCUAAGAGUUACCGCUCCUGUUGGUUCCGCAACUCCCCCCCAUAAGCACGGAGGAGCGGCCGUGGUUGCCACUAUGAUCCGGGGCCGAAUGUUGAAUCAAAUGGUAUGUGACGGAAAGAGUGAUGGACCUCAAAUACACUCCGAAGGCGACUGUUGGUAUGAACCGCCGGGAUGCCAUCAUGUUAGGAAUGAGAACGCUGGGGAUGAAGAAGCUGUAUUUAUUGCAAAUUUCAUCAUCGAGACCAAGAAGAUAGAAGAGUUGGGCAUCCUCCGUGCCUUAGUGCAGAUUGAUGCAGAGGAAGAAGAGAAAAAGGGAUAA